AAGAAUGGGGAAAGAGAAAGCGGGUUUGGUCGCGUUGCUGAUAAUUGUGCCGAGCUGGUGUGUAUCGUUGUCCUCCUACUCCUCCUCUUCUUCUUUCAGAGGUGAUCUGAGCAGAGGCAAGGUGCCCUUGACUUUCAGACGCCACAUCCGCUUUAUCGACCCAACAAGGACCUAGUAAUCUGCAGGGACCCAAUUUGCGCGUCCCUGCAUUCAGGCAACUACAGAUGUGACCACCCAGAGCAAUGUGACUACGAGGUGGAAUCGGAUGGCGGCUCUUCUCUUGGUGUAAUUGUAAAGGAUGUCGUUUCUUUCAGGUCCUACAGCAACAGCAGGGUUCUUAGUCCUUGUGUCACCCUUGGUUCCUCUACAGAUGUGAAUAUGAUCAGAUACCUGGUCCGUCCAAUCCUUUCUUAGAUGGAGUGCUUGCGCUCGGUAAAGGGAAGGUCCAGCAUCGUAUCACAGCUAAGUAGUCAAGGUUUGGUGGGUACUAGGCCACUGCUUGAGUACACGUGGUGGUGGAUUUUCUUCUUCGGUGAUGAUCUUUAUGACUCCUCCCGCAUCACAUGGAUGCCUAUGUCUCAUGAUUACUCAAAGCACUAUUCUCCUGGGACCAAAGCUCCUUUAUGCAGGGAAACCUACUGGACAGAAAUUAUGAAAGUGAUUGGAGACAUAUCGAUGCAGGACAAGAUGGUGAUCUACGACAAUGAGAGGCAAUUGCUGGGAUGUGAAUCUAAAGAUUGCAGUAGACCUCCAAAGCCCAAAGCAUUCGCAGCAAUUGACAGGAAGCUCCUUGCCGUAUCUCUGUACUUCCAGAUCAGAAUCAUGGAAGCGCCGUGCAUCAAACCAAGCCUUCACCUAGGAAGCUCAUCAUUGCCAAGUCACUUGUAAAUAAGCCCUGAUUAAUGUUUUCCUUUGUCUUUACUGUACUGGAUGUUACAAAAUUGC